AUGGCCCAGAUGGUGGCUGCGCGGGUGGUGGCAUUAGGGAACUACUACUUGACGGCAACGAGUGACGCAACGCCCAAGACAGAAGCGCCAGAGGCACCACCAGAAGCUGCGGCGGCGGCGGCCAUCGAGUCUAAAUGCUCUUUGUCAUCAUGCGAUCCAGAUGUUUCCCCUCCCAUCAGCGAGGAGCUGGUCGCCAGCUCCAAUGCGCACAUCCAACAACAGCCUCUUCGCUCUCCUUCUGCUCCUCUUUCCCACAGCAAACGAGAACCGGAUGCUGCCAGCAGUCCUCGUCGCGAUUACAAUUACAGCCUGACCCCGGGGACGCCCAGCGCAGCAGCCAACAUGUCUCCCAACCUGAUCGUAGGCUCAUCCGAGCCCCAGCCUGGCUCCGAACCCGUCCUAGAUCCCAUCUCAAGGCAAAUCCUGGAGAGGACCCAGUCGCAAAGCAAAUUGCCUGCUUCUUCUCAAGGCGGUGUGAAUUCCAAGUCGCCUUAUGCAGACUCCGGUUAUUCCGACUCGGGGAGCCUGAAAGCCGAACCCGCUUCGUUACGACGGGUUGAUAGUAGCAAUUCGGGCAAGGAGAAGAAGAAAGGCGUCUCCUUCCUCAGUCGAAUAAUGGGCAACAAGAAACGGGAUUCCUUUGACCUUCACGACGACAAUGCUUCAGAGGUCGGUUCUGAGGUUCGACCUGCUGGGGUCGAGGCCGAAGUCUUCUCUCAACCUGUCGGCUUCAUACCCAAGUUCCCUGCGCCACCACGAUAUAUCAAGGUAAAAGCUCAGUAUAGAAAGCAGAAGGACUUCGACAGGUUGUUCCUAGCUCAGAUUCUCCUGGGGACGCCGCCGUCCAAAAGCCGCAAAGCCGAGAUAGACUCGAAGAUCCACAGCAUCAACGAUACUCCCGGUGAUGUCGUCCCACCACUCCCUAGGAACUCGGCAAAUAAUGCGAUAUGGGCCAUGGAAUUCUCAAGAGAUGGAAGAUAUCUCGCUGCUGCGGGACAGGACAGAAAGCUGCGGGUGUGGGAAGUCAUAUCAUCCGCAGACGAUCGAGAAAUGGAGGAGAAACUUGCGGAGACAGACAACGACGGGGAAAAGGUCAAGCUCAACGCACCGGUCUUCAAGAGUAAACUCAUUCGCGAAUACGAUGGCCACACAUCGAGUAUCCUGGACCUCAGCUGGAGCAAGAACAACUUCCUACUAUCUUCAUCUAUGGACAAGACCGUCAGGCUGUACCACGUGAGCCGCCUGGAAUGUUUGUGUGCAUUCAAACACAACGACUUCGUCACCUCGAUUCAGUUUCAUCCCCGGGAUGAUCGUUUCUUCUUAGCGGGCUCUCUGGACUCGAAAAUACGGUUAUGGAGCAUCCCAGACAAGCACGUCGCCUACUGGACACAGGUCUCCGAUAUGGUUACCGCCGUCGCAUUCACACCAGAUGGGAAGACCGCCAUCGCUGGUUGCUUGAAUGGGUUGUGUAUCCUCUAUGAUACCGAAGGUCUCAAAGCGCAUUCGCAAAUUCAUGUUCGAUCAGCACGGGGCAAGAAUGCCAAAGGGAGCAAGAUUACGGGGAUCGAUACCAUCUCAUUACCUCGAGAAGGCAGUCAGCCAGACGUGAAACUUUUGAUUACCAGCAACGACUCAAGGGUGCGGAUGUACAACCUCAAGGAUAGAACUCUGGAAGUUAAGUUCCGCGGCAACGAAAAUUCCUGCAGCCAGAUACAUGCUUCGUUCAGUGAUGAUGGGAAAUAUGUCAUAUGCGGGAGCGAAGACCGCAAGGUGUACAUAUGGCCAACGUCUGUCAAUGAACGGCCCGAGAACGACAAGCGGCCGAUGGAAGUGUUUGAGGCUCACUCAGCCAUUGUCACUACCGCGAUAAUGGCUCCUGAAGCAACGCGACGUCUACUGGCACAAUCGGGGGAUCCUCUAUAUGACCUCUGCAACCCACCGCCAGUGACUUUGGUCAGUCGUGCAGACUCUGUCAUUUCGUCUCGGGCUCCCACAAAUAACAGCAACCUUUCAGACGACAAACAUAUCAAAGACGGAACGAGGGUAUCGGAAUCUCCGCGUCGUGCCCCAGAGACGCCUGCGUAUUUGUCUCGUCAUUCGCAUCCGGGCGGCCAGAUAGUUGUCACCGCCGACUACACGGGACAAAUCAAGGUCUUCCGGCAAGACUGUGCUUUUCAGAAACGCAGACACGAGUCGUGGGACUCGACCUCCAACUUCUCCAGAAAAAUGCUCGGUCGGAGCGGAUCUGUGGCGACUCGCAAUUCUGUGACCUCGUCCAAUCACCGAAACUCAUUCGUGAUGAACCCGAAGACCCAGUCAACAGAUCGCAUCUUGAGCUGGAGGAACUCUGUGAGUGUAAAUGACACCACAAACAACAACGCCUCGGCCAGUAUGGUGGAUUUCCGGGGGCAACUGGCCAACAACGAGCGGUCCCGUAGUGCGUCGCCGAGAAAGAUCUUGGGCCAUCGUCUUUCACUUCACCGGUCGGCGGCACCGCCUCGAAAAGACACUGUCACUUCCCCCACGUCGCCCGAGUUCCAUUCGCCAUUACAACAGAUCCAUAACGGCCCCUCGAUCACGGUCCAGUCUCCAGUCGUUGGCUCGCCUGGCAGUUUUCAUUCUGCUACCCAGAAAACUCCGGAUCAGGAAUUACUGUCUCCCCAGAUCUCCCUGAAACCUUUACCUUCAAAUCCCACUCCGGGUGAUCUCCCACACAGCCCGAAUGAUCCGCUGUUCCUAGUGGAUCAGCAAUCAUACCUCGCCUGGGAUAUGAAGAGCACAUUAUUACCUAUGGCGAAGCAUAUACCGAGAACUCCGGGCUUUUUGGGACCGGACGGUAACCCCCUCUCUCGUGCUCCCAGUUACAUGAGCCAAUUGUCCAGUGAAAUUACGGGAUCUGAUCGUGAUCCUAGUCCUGGCGGGAGUGUUGGGGACGACGAGCGAAGGUUGUCAACUGUUGAUACCAAGAACCGCAAAGCCCGGUCACGGAGGCGCAGCAGUGUGGGAAGUGAGAGUGAUCUGAAAUGUAAAAAUUGUGGAGGCACGACAUUCAAAGCGACCAUGACGGACAAAGGCCAAAGUUUCAGGUGCAAAAAGUGCGGGACUGCUGUCUGA